GAGAGAAAUGUCCUGAAACCUUAAUUCUCGCGCAAAUGCUAACUGGAGCUUAUCGUCUCGAGAUGCUCUCUUAAUCAGUGCAUCUAUUCCACUACUCUGCUCGUUGCCGCAAUCAGUGAAUCAGCAAAGGAGUUUUUGGUUAAGAAGAAUCUUCACCGGAAUACUAGGACUGGACAGGAAUUGCUCGUUUCCUCUCUUACAAUACACGCGAAGAUCGACUGGCAAGAAUGGCGUCACCUGGAUUGCAUCCUGGCAAGCCCAACUCAAUCAACCAGGCGCUCAGCACCGCGUACUGGAAUGAUAUGAGACUACUGGCCUAUGUUUCCGGCAACAACCUAGUCAUUCUAUCUCAGCCCGGAGUGCUGCGGCAGACGAUAUAUCUUGAUCGCGAUGGUGGUCCUUUGGAGAUUGAAGAAACCACGGGAUGUAUCGCGGUUGCUUCGGGACCCAAGGUACUGAUAUAUAAGCCGUCCAACGAACGAGGUGAUCUGCUUCGGUGGGCGUUAGUAUGGACAAUACAUCUAGACCUACACGACGGGAUUCCCACUGGCGUCAGCUGGGGAACUGAGGAGGAGUUAUUUAUCUCUGGAAAAUCAAUCUCGUUAUGGCGCUUUUUCAACGACGGACCGCAUCGACUAUGGACAAAGGAGCUGGCUAUUCCGGCAAUGUUGUCCGCUUUCUCUUUUGACGCAUUUUUGGCAGCUACGGUCGGCAAGAACGAUAAGCUUGUCAAAGUCUGGCGAAGAUUCUCUUACGACCUAUCGAAUGUGGACUUUGAUUUCUCUUACCUGGCGCAUCCACGAGCAGUCACUAGCCUGAGAUGGCGCAAGCCUUUUAGCAAGUCACAGUCGAUGGAAAAUAUACUGUACACUAUAUGCGCCGAUGGAAUUUUACGCAUAUGGGCGCCGACAGACAGCAUCGAGUCAUCAUAUAUGCAAAUGUGGGCAUCGCUAGACCUCUACGAUGUGCUUCCUCGAGUCAGACCAGACGAAUUGCGGUACAGCUUCAUCAUUGACAACAAAGACUUCACUCGAGCAACGGAAUCGGCUGUCCGGAACGCUAAAGACGAUGCGGUCUCCAAAGCCAGACUGCAAAGUCUGGUUGAUGUGGCAAGCAAGAACCCAGACGUGUGUGUUGUUAUGGAUCAAGAUGGGAGAAUGGCGAUCUUGGGGAUUGAGAAUAUCGGGUCACGCAUCAGAAGGGCCUUCAGCAUAUUCGAUGUUGUGUUCGAUUCUAGUCCGAUCAAAGAUUUUCCCAGAAACGCCGGAUAUCUAUCAUUCUGUGGAUUCGGCGCUAGUACAGCUGCAGAGCCUGAUUAUGUCUUGUUGAUCCACGACUUCAAUGGAAGCAUUCAGCAGUAUGAGGCCAGUUUCGCAGAUCUACUGGAUCCCGAGUCUGCUAGCCACCGUCUUGUUCUCAAAAACUCUUGGACUGGUCAUUACAAGUCAGUUCAGAGUCUCACGCGUACUGCGGACGGUAAGGCAAUGCUGUCCUCGAGCAAUCAUGCCGAAAACAUUAUUUGGAAGCCGAAGCCGAUGUUUGGAACGAUCAAACUACAAGAGUCGAGUAUUAUCAUGGCACCUGACAAAGUCCAGCGGGCUGCUAUACUUCUUGAAGGAAAAUAUGUUGUGACGGUUCAGAGUCAGACUCUUACUCUCUGGGACUGCCAACAGAGAAAAGCAGUCAGGAUAGCCAGCUUACCUUUGGAAAGCUUGGGCAAGAAAACAAUUCUGAAUUUCUUGCUGCUGCCGGAGAGUAGCUCUGUUGACCGGGUGUUCCAUGUGGUUGCUGUGUUCAGCGAUCAGUCUGGCGUUGUCUGGGAGGUCCGAGUCCCAUCUGAAUCCAACGGGGAGGUCAAUGGCAACGGUAGUGUUGGAUCAAAUGGCAUGUUGAGCGUUUCCAACGGAUACGGCUCACUGCGUGGGAAUGGUUAUCAUAGCAAACCAAACUCAGGCCUGUUGAAAAUGCUUGGGUCUUUCAAAUUUCCUGUGCCUGAGGGAGAUAAGCUCUCUUUGGUUAUAUCCGUUGAUCCUGUGGGGUGGAACUCCACUCUUUCUGGAUCCAUUGACACCUACGCCCGCGACGUUGUCACAAGCAUAUCUUCUGAUGGUGUGGUGAGAUCCUGGACUGCGAAGCUUCAAAGUCAAGGCGAACCUCUGCAGUGGCUGCAGACAGCUAGCGUUGAUACCGGCAUCAAGAAACUGGACCUGGCCAAAGGGAGCAGCAUGAAGAAGAUUGCUUUGGUGGACAGUUCGUCUACAAGGCUUACAAUCUGGGACAUUGGCGAGGAGCACUUGGAGUUUGAAGAGAAGUUUGCCGAGCACGAUAGCAUAUGCGAUCUGGACUGGACAUGCACGCCAGAUUCUCAAAGUAUCUUGGCCGUGGGAUUCAAGAAUCGCGUUCUUCUAUAUUGCCAGCUGCGUUUCGAUUACACAAAAGAGCUGCCGGCCUGGGAAUCUUUCCGGGAAAUCAACAUUCGCCAGUACACUCCACGUGACAUUGGUGACUCGCUCUGGCUUGACGAUGGCACGCUGGUUAUUGGAUCUGGCAAUCAACUGUUCACACAUGACAAGAAGGUCGAUACACAUAAUGCCAUCAAAGCUCUGCACCUCAGCUCGCAUAAGCUGCCGCUCCGCAAUAUUUUCGAUAUUGUAUCGGUUCUCAACGGCCCUCUACCAAUCUAUCAUCCUCAGUUUAUCGCCCAGUCGGUCUUUCUAGGAAAGGCGGAGCAAGUGCGCAAGGUUUUUGUCACUUUGUUGAAUGCGCUGAAGUUCAGUGUUCCUUCGGAUUCAAACAUCGCCGAUAUUGAAAGCAACUUGGGAAUGGAUUUAGACGAGUUUUAUAAGCCCGCUGAGGAGGAGGCUCCUACUGGUUCUGGCACAAUGUCUCGCGCUGAGAAGUACUCCAAGCUGUUUUCCAAUGGCAACUUCGAUGAAGUGGACUACUCAACAUUCAGUGAGAAGGUUGCUGAAAAUCUCAGUGAUUAUUUGAAGCGGCUAUCUCUUCCAUAUCUCACUAGUCACCAACAGAUCAGUUUGACAGCAAUGGUGGAAGCGAUGGGCCAAGUGGAAGAGCACAGAAGAUCUUUGGAUGAAAAUGGGAUCCGAUACUUUUUGGCCUUCAGGCUCUUUGUCUUGCACCGUGAUUCUAUGCUGCAGAUGCCUUAUCGAGACCACACUUGGGCAUUUCACUCAGAGUCUCAGGAAAUUUUGGUGGAUUUGGUUUCUCGUUCUUUUAAUGGAAGAAUGACCUGGCAGCAAGCAAAAGAGACCGGUAUAUUCAUGUGGCUGAAAAGCCAAGAUGCACUUCAACAGCAGUUCGAGAAUAUGGCCCGUAUUAUCUAUACAGACUCGGAGCCUAGAAAUCCGGUUAGCUGCACUCUUUACUAUCUGGCGCUUCGGAAGAAACAGGUACUGCUGGGAUUAUGGAGAAUUGCUCAUGGACAUAAUGAGCAGCGAACAAUGAUGAAGUUCUUGGCAAACAACUUCUCAGAACAACGAUGGAAAACUGCAGCGCUCAAGAAUGCAUAUGUGCUACUAAGUAAGCAGCGCUACGAGUAUGCUGCUGGCUUUUUCCUGUUAGGAGAUAGUCUUCGAGAUGCUGUGAGUGUCUGUGUGAGAAAUCUUGAAGAUAUACAACUAGCUAUUGCCCUUGCUAGAAUCUAUGAAGGUGGAGAGGAUGGCCCUGUGUUUCAGGAUCUUCUCAAAAAGGAAGUUUUGCCAUUGGCCUACAAAACAGGAGACCGGUGGUUAGCCAGUUGGGCAUUUUGGAAUCUCAAGCGGAAAGAUCUCUCCCUCAAAUGCAUUAUAACAUCAUUUAAGGAUGAAAUCAGACCUGAGGAUCUGGGGUCAUCAGAUGCCCUUGAGAUGAAAUCGUUUUUGGUCGAGGAUCCAGUCCUGGUUGUUCUGUAUCAGCAGAUUCGCAAAGUACUCGAAAAAGGACAGCAAAAUGCGAUCACUAUCACUCCACAAAUGGAGACACAGUUCGUACUCCACAUUGCAAAGCUGUAUGAUCGAAUGGGUUGUGACUUGUUGGCCUUGUAUCUUACAGCAACUUGGAAGUUUAUAGAUGUCAAGGAGAAGAAGCCUGAAGCUCCGAAAUCAUUAUUGGAUAUGUGGGGUUGAAGCAUUGUUGUAUGACAAUAAAGAGAAUAAAAGAGGUGCAUUCUAAAGCUUGUUGUAUGAAAUUCAGUAGCCAUGUAGUUCCGACUUCCAAGAACAAGACACUCACAAUUAUUGCAGAAAGUAGAACAUAAAUGCUGUCUGGGCUGCAAGUAUGAUGAUGAUGAUGAUGAUGAUGAUGAUAUAUUUAUGUUU